GAGUGUGACCAUUUUUCAGUCUUCAGUUAAAGUUGCGUCCAUUAAAGACCAUUAUCAUGAGCCACAGCCCAGAGAGGAUGUCCUCCUACCGUCGUUGUUUCGAGGGCACGUCCGUAAACCAACUUCGGGUGGCUAGUCCAUCUCCCACCCGAAGGGAGACCCGCCAUAGGUCAGCCAGCUUCAACAGGAAUGUGGGGUGGAAGGUAACAGGCUGCAGGGCCCUCACCAACAAGCCUCGUCUGACCAGCAGUGCGAGUAUGAACACAUUGUGCAUGGAUGUGUCUACUAGACAAGAGGCGAAUUUGGAUCUGGAUGCAGCUGCAGCGGAGAACCAGGCAUUCAAGCUGACUCGUAGCAAUGAGAGGCAGGAGAUGGUGGUCCUCAAUGACCGCCUUGCAUCUUACAUCGAAAAGGUUAGAACACUGGAGUCCAAGAACAAGAUGCUGGAGGCUGACAUCGAGGCCUUGAAAAGUGCCUAUGAGAGAACAACAGGCCUCAGGCAGCUGUAUGCAUCACAGCUAAAGGAGUUGAACAGGGAAGCUGAGCAAAUAAGAGAGCAGAGGGAUGUGUCUUUGAUAGCCAAGGAGGCAAUGGCCUCUCAGCUGGAUGUGCUGAAGUCUAAAUAUGAUGAAGCUCUUGAGGCCAGGAAGCAGAAUGAGCAUCUCAUUGAGGCUCUGCGUCCGGAUGUGGACAAGGCCACUUCGGCCAGAAUUAAACUGGAAAAGCAGCUGGAGAACCUGGAGGCUGAGCUGACCUUCCUGCAGAGAGUUCACAAAGAGGAAAUCGACGAGCUGAUGCAGCAGAUCUAUUCAGCAGCCUCAAAGAUGGAUUUGAACUUCGACCUCCCAGACCUUUCCUCUGCUCUCACGCAGAUUCAAUCUCAGUAUGACAGCAUUGCUGCUAAGAAUCUGCUGGAAAUGGAUGCAUGGUACAGAUCAAUGUUUCAGGACAUGAAUGAUACUUCAUCCAAGCACGCUCAAAGGGUUCGGAGUCUGAGAGAGAAAAUUGCUGCUUAUAGAAAGAAUAUUCUGAGCAAAGAACGAGACUUGGAGUCACUAAGGGCAAGGAAUGAGUCUUUGGAGGCUCACAUCUGUGAUACCAAGGAGAAACAAAUGAAGUUAGAGGAAGAAUUAGAGGAGCACAAGGAGGCAAUUAAACAAGAUCUGAAGCUGACCAAGCAGAAGACUGCUCUGCUGAUGAGGGAAUAUCAGGAGCUUCUCAAUGCCAAAAUGGCAAUGGAGAUUGAGAUCGCCACCUACAGAAAGCUGAUUGAUGGCGAAGACAGCCGUCUGAGCACCAUGGUUGGGAAGUUAUUCCUGACCGGUUACCCUCAUCUCACUAACAGCAACCCCCCUGACCCUUUAGCAUCACUCACACCCCCUACAGGGUCUUUGAAAAUUAAAGGCCCCAAAGACACACGCACAAUCAAUGCUGAAACAGCUUCAGCUGCUGUAUCUACAGGCAACCCAACUGAUGCCAAUGUACAGCAGCAGGCAACAGAGGAGUCUGAGAGGAAGACUCUCCUUAUCAGAACAAUUAAAACAGAUGAGGACACCUAUGUGAGCGACACACAGAAGUGCACCAUAACCAUUUCUGGAGCUGCAGAGGACACAGAUGAAGAAUAAAGACCUCAGUGUAUACUCUCCUCAGGUCAUAAGCUGCAAAAUAAUGUUCCCAAACUUUUCAAUUACAUUUUGAAAAUCCUAGAAACCUGCACUGUAUUCAACAAGGAAUACCAUACAUUUUUAUGACAUCUGACCUUUUAUACACUGACUCUAGGUGCUUUAAUGUCUGCUUUGAACUAUCCCUAAGCUUAUCUGCUUAUUUAGUCUUCUAGUGUGUUCUGAACUUGGUUUUGAAGAUAACAAAAUAAACAGCAAGCAAAAGUA